AUGGAACCGUCACCAACUGCAGCAAAUGCAUCUUCCACAGUGAAGCCGACAACAACAACCGAGUCUGCUUCGACUUCGAUGGAACCGUCACCAACUCAAGCAAAUGCAUCAUCCACAGUGAGGCCGACAACAACAACCGAGUCUGCUUCGACUUCGAUGGAACCGUCACCAACUCAAGCAAAUGCAUCAUCCACAGUGAAGCCGACAACAACAACCUGA